GUCAGACGUGAGGCGGGUGGUGAACAACCGAGUCCUCAUAAAAACGGAUCCGAAGAAGAAAGUUACCUGUUACAGUUACACUAAGUCCUACACAUAACACAUUGCCUUCGUAAUUCUUGUACCAGACAGCCAGUAUUUUUUCACACAAACACUAUUUUACGCGCACAAAUUACGACUGUGUAAUAUGUGUUUAACUGUUUAGGUCACAGAACAAUGUGAAAAAAUGUUCUAUGGAGGACUAGGCUAAACCUCUAAAUAUAACUUGUAAAGAGCUGUGUUUCACGAAUCAUCCUAAUAUUAUAAGAGUUUUGAACAAAAGAAUUCUUUUUCCUUGCACUACUAGACUACUAGAGUGCAGACUACUGAAUAAAUAUUUUUGGUUGAUGUGGCUAAUUCUGACCUACCUACUGUUGUGCUGCAUCUUGGCCACAUGAAAAUACCAAUUCAGUUUUCACACAAGGAUGGAGAAAAGGAAUGGGUGAUGCUGGAGCUUCAAGGUGACCUAGAGUGCCGCAAUAAUGAAGCAUUGGCUCAAAAUUUUAUGGGCGAUCUUCACUACAAUGAUGAGGGCGUUCCCGUGCUUAUCAUUGGGCAUCACAUCAUGUACGGCAAGAUGAUCAACCUCGAUUUACCUUUCGCAGUCUUGGACAAGUCAGAAUGUGAAGUUAAUUCUCAGCAAUUAUCAGAAGACUGUCGUAAUAAUACUAAUCGUACUUCUUAUAAAGUUAUUGCUAUUGUUAGAAAAAAGCUUUUAUUCAAAACCCGGCCUAAGCCGAUUGUGGCCCUUGCAGGAAGCACUGCUUGACUUGUUCAUAAUAAAUUAUUUUUUAUCAAUUAAUCGUUUACUGAUUUAAAUUUUUUGUCAAACCUGACGGGAAGUGCAUUUAAUUCCAUGUAUUGAGGAGCCAUGUUCAAACUUUUCAUUCUGCAGGUGUAUGAAGCAAUCCAUUUUGUAAGUCACUUGACUGUCAUUUAUAGCUUGAUUCUAUGUUUUAUAUAUUCUGAUCUAUGGUGGAAGCAUUAAUGCUUAGCUUCUUCAAUACAACAUUUGUGUGCGAUAGACAUUUCAGAUGACGACUUUGUGGGAACAUACCUGAUUUUAGAGUGUGCUCUGAUUUAGACAAGCCAUAUUUUCGGCCUUUUCGUAUCGAAUAAAUGUUUUAUAGGAUCAGAACAGUUAAGCUGCUUGGUUUCUAAAUCUUGAUUAUUGACGAUA